CUCUCACUAGACACAUCUUCUCGUCGUCGGACGACGGAAUCUUGAGAGGAAGCGAAUAAUGGCAACGCCACGACAGCGCCGCAAAGCGCGGUCAGGCACGCACGCAGGGCCCUCGGCGCGCACGAAGCGGUCGAUGCAGAAGCGCCUCGUGCGCGCGCCCGAGCUCAAGGGCGCCGAUGUGCUCAAGAAGAAUUGGGACCCCAAGCGGACGCUGCGCCAGAACUACGAGCGGCUCGGCCUCGUCGGCGACUUGCGCCUCAACGAUGCCGGCGGCGCCGGUGGUAGUGGCAGUGGGAUCAAGAGGAAAGAAAGGCCGGCGGACCAGAUUCCGAGGAGCAAGCGCGGGGCGCUGGGGAGCACAAUGGCGAGGAUUGUGCGCGAUGAGGAGGGCAAUGUCGUCGAUGUCGUCGAGGACCGGCCGCGGCGGGCGCAGACUGUCUGGGGCCAGGCGUUGAACAGCGACGAGGAAGACGAAGACGAGGAUGAAGAGGAUGAAGAGGAUGGAGAGGAUGGAGAGGACGGUCGAGACGAGGAAAGGGAGGAGGCCGAGGAAGAAGAGGAAGAAGACGAGGGCCAGGUGGUCAAGAAGCUGCAGGAGCUGGCCGACGCAAAGACGCCCGUUCCCCGCUUCACGUCCGUCGCAGAGCGCACCUGGCUCCAGCGCCUCGUCGACAAGUUCGGCGACGACGUCGAGCAGAUGGCGCGCGACAAGACGGACAAUGUGUGGCAAAAGACUGCCGGUGACAUCAAAAAGGCCAUCCGCAAGGCGGGCGGCAUAGAGGCACUCAAGGCGUCUUGAGCGAGGGGAAAGCCAUGUGAUGAGGUUGAUUCAUUGUAAUACUAUCUGCUGC